CUCCUUUCUUCACACUUUUUUUUUUAUUAUUAUUUUCUUUUCACUUCCUUCCUUUUGUUUACUCCAUGUAUUGAACACACUUCACCUAUAUAUAUAAAUACAUUUUUUUUGACCAUAUUGUCCUUUUAGUAUCUUCUUUUUACUAUUCACUUUUUUUUUUGUGUAUAUCCUUUAUAUUGUCUCUUUUAUUUUUUUUACCCCAGUUCCAUCUAUUCUUACUCUCGUUCAAUACAUCUUUUUUUUUUCUCCUUAUUUUAUCUAUUUCACGUCAUUUACGCAAACCAUAUUACAAAAUGCAAACGACUAAUACUACACAAACAACAACUUCUCUUUAUUGUAACGCUUGUCAACAACCUUUGGAAGGUGAAUUAGUACGUGCUUUGGAUGGUACUUUUCAUUUAGGUUGUUUCAAUUGUUUGGAUUGUCAUGAACCAGUAGCUUCCAUGUUCUUUCCUAUUGAAACAGCAGAUGGCUCUCAACAACCUCUUUGUGAACGUGAUUACUUUCGAAGGUUGAACCUUGUAUGUGAUCACUGUGGCGAUGCUUUGAAAGGGUCUUAUAUUACCGCGGUCGACAAAAAAUUCCAUCUCGAACAUUUCUGUUGUUGUACUUGUGGUGAAGUCUUUGGUCCUGAAGAUUCUUAUUACGAAUAUAAUAAUAAUGUAUAUUGUCAUUAUCAUUAUUCUGUCAAAUUUGCUAUUACAUGUACUGGUUGUCAAACUGCCAUUCUAAAACAAUUUGUGGAAUUGAAUCGAAACAAUGUAGAUGAACACUGGCAUCCUGAAUGUUAUAUGAUUCACAAGUUUUGGAAUGUCAAACUAGCAAAACCUUCAAAUCAACUAGGCAAUGAUCUCAGUCAUUUGACUGCCACUGAACUCAGGGACGCUCAAACUGCAAUGGAAGAAAAAGUAUAUAGAAUCUGGACUGUUCUAUCGGCAUUUGAAGAUUCAUCAGCCGCUUGUAUCUCUGAUAUGCUGGUUCAUGUAUCUGAAGGAAGUUAUGGUGAAGGUGUUCGAAUGGCUGAUUAUUUUAUCACUCAUGUCGAUGUUCUGUUUUGUGCUAUUGAUGAAUUAGCUACUCACUAUUCAGAAUCAAUGAAAGAAGAAUUACUUUAUGAUCGUGAAGCUCGAAUGUUAUGUAAAAAGGUCACCAACUUUUUUGCUCUCUUGUCUCAUACCCAAGUUGGUGGUUUACGAAGGAUUGGUAUUACACAAGAUCUUUUAUCAUUGGUCACAGGCUUAGCCCAGUAUCUCAAGGUCCUUAUUCGUCUUGGUCUCACUGGUGCACUGAAAUUGGAAAAUGCAAAUGAUGUGAAAUCCGCAGCUAUCAGUCGUUUCCUUAGUCAGCUAGUGAAACUUGCAAAUGGUCGCCAACACAACGAUUUAUCCGAAUACUCUGUCUCUUCGGAUCUCUGUCAAACCUGUCGAUCUGUUUGUGAUAAUCAAUGUUAUCGAUUCCAGUCAUAUCGUUGGCAUGAUCAUUGUUUUGCUUGCUCUCAAUGCUGUGCAUUACUUGGCGACGAUUAUCAAGGUUCUUUUAUACAAUUGGAUGAUUUGACUUUAUACUGCAAUCACUGUGGUAACAAGGAUACAAUGUCUCAAGGUUUUGAACGUAUCACCAAAUUACAACAGUUCUCCUUUCUCUUAAGGGUUGCAUUGAAACGACUAUAUCAACUUUUGGAUGUACAAGAUGUUUCCAAGGUAUCAUAUGAUGGUUCAUUCAAUAAACAGCUUUCAUCUAGCAUCACCAAAGAAAGUGGACAUCCAACCAUCAAUACCAAACAUUUACCAUCCAUUCCGGAACCACCAGAAAAGAAUGCAAUCCAUCUUGGCGAUAUAAAACGUACAAAAUCAACCCAUAUGAAUCGAAAUAUCAGCAGUUCCCAGCGUAUUGCCAAGCGAUCAACAUUAAUGGAAACACCUAGUCCAACUUCAGCCUAUAUUACUAGCCAGCCGGAUACCAAUGAUCACUCUGGAAGUCUCUUGAUUGAUAUCCACGCUAAAAACAGUAAUCUUCAAAAAGAUAAUUCAAAUGACUCUGCAUUGACGACUAGUCCCACAACCUUACAAUCAUCACUGAAUGCUCUUGAUCUGAAUAAUAAAGAUGCCUUACUUGCGAAACCACCAACCAAUUUACCUCAGCGACCUUCUCAAGAUUAUGUCAAGACAAUGCCGAAAGCUAAAUUUUAUUACUUUGCCGAAUUGGGAUCGUUGGAUCAUUAUAUGUUGAAGCAUAUUGCUGUAUUAUAUUUGGAAGAAUUAUUGAAGGAUUACAUUUCUUUGGAAGAACUGGCUGAUUUGAUUGAUGACAAGAAGAAUUCGACACUUUGGGGUAAAUUUGUGACAAGUUUGAAAACCGGUGGCAACAAAAAGACCCACGCAAAAGAAGGAACAUUUGGCGUGCCUUUGGAAGUAUUAGUCGAAAAGAAUGGAGUCGAUUCCAAUUUGGGUGCUAGUCCUACUCGUGUCCGAAUUCCAUCUAUUAUAGAAGAAACCAUCUUUGCAAUGAAACAAAUGGAUGUAUCGGUGGAAGGUAUAUUCCGAAAGAAUGGGAAUAUUCGUCAUCUCAAGGAUAUGAUUGAAAACAUUGACAAGAAUCCUAAUGAUAUCAACCUUAUGAAUGAAAACGCAAUCCAGCUGGCUGCCUUGAUCAAGAAAUUCCUACGUGAAAUGCCUGAACCUCUAUUAACUUUCAAGCUACAUCGAUUAUUUACCACUAUUCAAAAAUUGGAAAAAGAAGCGGAUCGAAAACGAGCAAUGCAUCUGACAUGCUGUCUUUUACCGAAAUGUAAUCGUGAUACCAUGGAAGUAUUAUUCCUAUUUAUUCGUUGGGUAUCAACAUUUGCUCAUACUGAAAAUGAUGGUGGUAACAAAAUGGAUCUACUCAACUUGGCAACAAUGAUAGCACCCAAUCUACUUUAUUCCAAAAGUAAGGACCCAAUCAAGGAUGAAUCUUUUGGUGUGAUUGAAGCUGUCUUUUUACUAUUACAACAUCAAGAGGAAUUUGCUACAGUACCUGAAGAUUUUGUCCCCAUGUUAGAAAAUCUUAGUUAUGGUGAAGGAGAUAUGGAUUUGAAUGUACGACAUAUAUUGAAAAAGUGUGAAGUAGUGAUGAAAAUGGCAAGAAAUCAGGCUGGACGAUCUGAACAUACGCCGGCUCCACCACUAUUACCUAGACAACAUUCAUCACCAGCAGCAGUACCAACAUCAUCAAGCACAUCCAAUUCACCACCUUCUACACCAAAUCCAUCCUCAACAGCAGCAGUAGUGGCCCAUGUGACAGACCCAUACCCAGCAGUGAUCGAUGGACAUAAUUCUUCUUCAACUCUUUUUGAUCCACCAUCUUCUUUCCCUCAUUCUGCAACUUACUCAAUGUCUUCAUCACCUAUUGAUAUGGUUCAUCCCAAGCAACAAUCGGAAACAUCAACAUCGUCAUCAGUGUCAUCGUCAUCUACUUCUCCUCCAUUGCCACCAGUGACUCCUCAGCUUUUACUUCGAUCUCAAUCCUCUUCUCAAUUUGAUACCAAUGAUAGUCUUCGGAAACCCUCCUUACUUGUAUAGUUUAGUUUGGAACAAUCUCUCUUUCUUUUUUUUUCCUUUAUAUUUUUCCUUUAUUAUUAUUAUUAUUUCUUAUUAUUAUUUCUUAUUAUUAUUCUUAUUAUUAUCUCAUUCACUCCACCGUCUUCUCUCAAUUGGUAUCGUUUUUUUUUAUCUUUAUCUCACUUUUUAUAUAUAUAUAUUCUUAUUCCUUAUACUAUUUUUUAUUACUAUAUUCUUAUAUUAUCCCAUUUUCCAUCCUAUAUCUCCAAUAAAAAGAUGCUUUUCAUUAUUCCAGUUGAUUCAAAUGUUGUCAAUGCAUUCGUUUGGACGGCGACUCAAACCAUUCAAGAACAAAAGGAUUGUCUCGUUUGAACAAAAAAAGGUCCAUUCAACUAUGAUUGUCUUGUGAACUAUACAUACACACACACACACA